UUCCCAUCAUGCAGGGCCGAAGUGGCUCGAGGGUCAGCGUUCCCAUCAUGCAGGGCCGAAGUGGCUCGAGGGUCAGCGUUCCCAUCAUGCAGGGCCGAAGUGGCUCGAGGGUCAGCGUUCCCAUCAUGCAGGGCCGAAGUGGCUCGAGGGUCAGCGUUCCCAUCAUGCAGGGCCGAAGUGGCUCGAGGGUCAGCGUUCCCAUCAUGCAGGGCCGAAGUGGCUCGAGGAUCAGCGUUCCCAUCAUGCAGGGCCGAAGUGGCUCGAGGGUCAGCGUUCCCAUCAUGCAGGGCCGAAGUGGCUCGAGGGUCAGUGUUCCCAUCAUGCAGGGCCGAAGUGGCUCGAGGAUCAGCGUUCCCAUCAUGCAGGGCCGAUGUGGCUCGAGGGUCAGCGUUCCCAUCAUGCAGGGUCGAAGUGGCUCGAGGGUCAGCGUUCCCAUCAUGCAGGGCCGAAGUGGCUCGAGGAUCAGCGUUCCCAUCAUGCAGGGCCGAAGUGGCUCGAGGGUCAGCGUUCCCAUCAUGCAGGGCCGAAGUGGCUCGAGGGUCAGCGUUCCCAUCAUGCAGGGCCGAAGUGGCUCGAGGGUCAGCGUUCCCAUCAUGCAGGGCCGAAGUGGCUCGAGGGUCAGCGUUCCCAUCAUGCAGGGCCGAAGUGGCUCGAGGGUCAGCGUUCCCAUCAUGCAGGGCCGAAGUGGCUCGAGGGUCAGCGUUCCCAUCAUGCAGGGCCGAAGUGGCUCGAGGGUCAGCGUUCCCAUCAUGCAGGGCCGAAGUGGCUCGAGGGUCAGCGUUCCCAUCAUGCAGGGCCGAUGUGGCUCGAGGAUCAGCGUUCCCAUCAUGCAGGGUCGAAGUGGCUCGAGGGUCAGCGUUCCCAUCAUGCAGGGCCGAAGUGGCUCGAGGAUCAGCGUUCCCAUCAUGCAGGGUCGAGGUGGCUCGAGGGUCAGCGUUCCCAUCAUGCAGGGUCGAAGUGGCUCGAGGAUCAGCGUUCCCAUCAUGCAGGGCCGAAGUGGCUCGAGGGUCAGUGUUCCCAUCAUGCAGGGCCGAUGUGGCUCGAGGGUCAGCGUUCCCAUCAUGCAGGGCCGAUGUGGCUCGAGGGUCAGUGUUCCCAUCAUGCAGGGCCGAAGUGGCUCGAGGGUCAGCGUUCCCAUCAUGCAGGGCCGAAGUGGCUCGAGGAUCAGCGUUCCCAUCAUGCAGG